GUCCAGCGGUGCACCUCGGCGGGAGGCGGACGACUUCCGGCAAUAAUUGGACGCUGCAGCUCGGUGCGGUUCGUAGCGGUCCGGUCGGAAAGGGAGCAGCAGGAGAACUAUGCCAUUUCUGGGUCAGGACUGGAGAUCCCCUGGGUGGAGCUGGAUUAAAACUGAGGAUGGAUGGAAAAGGUGUGACUCCUGUAGCCAGGAGCUCAGGAGUGAGAAUAGCCAGUGCACCAUCAACCACAGCAUUAUCUUGAAUAAUGGCGAAGAAGAAAUAUUCAGUAAUGAGUGUGAAUAUGCAGCCAAAAAGAGGAAGAAGGAGCACUCUGGAAUGGACACAGCCACUCACAGUUUUUAUCGUGAAAAAUGGAUCUAUGUCCAUAAAGAAAGCACAAAAGAAAGGCAUGGCUACUGUACCCUGGGAGAAGCCUUCAACCGACUAGACUUCUUAAGUGCAAUUCAGGAUAUUAGAAGGUUCACGUACGUGGUCAAACUACUGCAGCUAAUCGCAAAGUCCCAGUUAACCUCCCUGAGCGGAGUGGCGCAGAAGAACUACUUCAACAUUCUGGAUAAAAUCGUUCAGAAGGUUCUUGACGACCAUCAGAAUCCUCGCCUUAUCAAAGACCUUCUCCAAGACUUAAGCUCUACCCUUUGUAUCCUUGUGAGAGGGGUGGGGAAGUCAGUAUUGGUGGGAAACAUCAACAUUUGGAUUUGCCGCUUAGAAACUGUUCUCAACUGGCAACAGCAGCUGCAGAAUCUUCAGAUGACUAAGCAGGUCAACUCUGGCCUCACACUCAGUGACCUGCCCCUGCACAUGCUGAACAACAUCCUGUACCGUUUCUCAGAUGGCUGGGACAUUGUCACACUGGGCCAGGUGACACCAACCCUGUAUAUGCUCAGUGAAGACAGGCGGCUGUGGAAGAAACUCUGUCAGUACCACUUUGCGGAGAAGCAGUUUUGUAGACACUUGAUCCUUUCAGAAAAAGGUCAUAUCGAAUGGAAGUUGAUGUAUUUUACACUUCAGAAAUAUUACCCGACUAAAGAACAGUAUGGAGACACUUUACAUUUCUGUCGGCACUGCAGCAUCCUCUUCUGGAAGGACUACCAUCUUGCUUGGUUGUUGAAGGACUCGGGACACCCCUGCACCGCGGCUGACCCUGACAGCUGCUUUACCCCUGUGUCUCCUCAGCACUUUAUCGACCUCUUCAAGUUCUGAUGGUGCCCUCAGCUCUGUGCCCUUGUCCACACCUGUCCCUUGUGCGUUCUGUGUGUCCUGUAGUUGGUGUAAGUAUUCUUUGACACAAAGUGAUGACAGGGUCAGGGACGUCUGGCUGUACCUGUGCAGCCCUUGCUUCUGGGAGAACCUGAGAGCACAUGGGAGGCGCUCCGGCAGCUGUGCAGCGUCAUGAAAGAGUGGAGACCAUGAAGCCAUUUGUACUUCUUUCUGGAAACUCUUCUAAGCAUAUACAAUUUGCAGUUUUGUAUAUUUUUAAAUAUGGUUCAGAAAAAGUUUUGGAUAUUCAGCCCCACAUCCUGUGCUGAACCACCAUGAACAACAAGACUAUGGUUCUUAGUUGUCAGUGGUAGUUUUCCAUCUUAGAGUAAUUGGAAUGAAGAACCAAACAGUUGACCCUUGUAAAUACAUUAUGCAGAAUAUUUAUUUUUCUUAAAAUGUAUUUUCACAACCUCUGUGGCUGUGCCCAAAUGAGUCCUCAUUGAAUACAAGAUAACCUGAGGCACAUGCUUGGCGGGCUCUAUCUCACUACAGUGGGUAGGGCUGUGAACAGUGUGUACUGCCCGUGGCUAGCAGCACCCCUGCCAUGAGGCCAUCAUAUAUCCGUACAUGGAGUAUGGGCUCCAAACCAGAACAGAGCCUCUGCCGAGGAGCUGGAAACAGCCUAGGGAGGCCUGAACUUGACAUGUAGAAAUUACUUUCACAAGUAAAGUAAUAAACAGUGUUUACCUACUGAUUCAGCUUCAUCAAAUUUACAUCUAACUGAAUGGUGUUGUCUUUAAAAUAUUGCUGUUUUAUUUUAAAAAUAAUGCAUGUGCACUUUAGAAACUUUUGAAAAUAAAGGUAUAUGAAAGAAAGUUA